CCAACACCUGCUAGGGCCGUCGUACUGCUACACCACUUGCGCGCCAGGCGUUCCUACCAACAACCACCAACCACGAACUUUUGCCAUUUUACUUGCAAAUUAAUCUUUUCGUGCAGAGAUGGAAGCCUCUGAUUUUGUUUUGGUUGUAGAUUCCUCCGUAGAAGAACAGGUGGAAGAAUUGGCUGUUUUCUUAGAUCAACUAGAAGCCAAUCAAGAAAAAAAUGUCUUUGAAAAAUGCAAGGAAUUUUUAGCUUCCGAAAAUGUCAAUGAAACUUUGAGCUUUCUUUUAAGCCGGUUAUCGUUGCUUUCUCAAAUUCCUGAAAAGGAAUUUGAACCUAUGAUGAAUGUCUUCAUUAGUCUCUUACAAGAAUCGACUGUGUAUGAAGAACAAGUUGUCAAGUUCUGCCAGGUUUUGGAGUCUAUCGUAGAACAAAAUUCUUCCUUUGCUCCUCUUGUCCUCAGUGUACUCAGCACUCUGUUUAAUGCCUCCAUCAAAGAUCGUCAACAUGCCCGUUUACACAUCUUAAACAGUGUUGUAACUAUCACUACAAGAUUUAAUCUUUACCACUUGCUUUCUCCCUACUUUGUUUAUUUCCCUGAAUGGCUCCACCAAGCUGGCGUGCCCGUUUCUGACCAGCGCGCCUUUAACAUAUUUGUUUCAAAAGCCAUUCAAGCUUACGAUGAAGAGCAAUCUUUUGCUUUCCUCUUAGAGGCAGUCAAGAUGGCUCCUUCCAAUACCGACGAAGCAGUCCGUGAAUUAGUACAACGUACGGUCAACAGCCCCAAAUAUUUCUUCUACGACGACAUUGUCACCCUACCUGCUAUCCAACAACUCCAACAAGCUACUUUACAAUUGCUCGGCAUUUUGUCUGGUGGUAUGAUUGAAGACUUCCUCUCUUGGAUUGAUACCAACCGUUCUUACUGCGAACAAGAAAAGUUUGACCAAGAGGCCAUUACUCGUAAAAUGAAGCUUUUGACCAUUGCUUCUCUCGCUACCCAAGCUCCCAAUAAUGUCUUAUCUUACAAGGACAUUGCUAAGGUACUCCAAACUGAUGAAAGUGAAGUUGAACUCUGGAUUAUCGAUGUCAUUCGCGCUGGUCUCGUCGAAGGUCGCAUGUCACAACUUAAUCAAACUUUCGUAAUUCACAGAAGCUCUUACCGUGUUUUCGGAAAGCACGAGUGGAUCUCUUUACACGAGAGACUUGCUAAAUGGAGUUCUAGCUUGCAAUACAUGUUGCAAGUUAUGGACCAGCCCCUUUCUAACUAUACCUUAGCUACCAGCAAGAAGGGUGGUAGAGAACAUGCUGGUGUUUCUGCAUCUGAGUAGAUUAUCUUUUUAUUUAGUAUUUUGUAUUUUGAAAAUAUAUGAGGAUGGGCAUCUUGAUUCAUGUAUCGUAAACAACUAGGGCAUCUCCUUUUGCUAGCUAUAGUACAAAACAGUUUCGUAUUUAUCAAGUCGAAAAUUUAAACUAGAGUUCUAGUGAUUUUUAAUUCAUUAUUAUUAUUAAACUAGGCUAUACAGCUUGAAAUACUUUAC